GUAAGAGGACAGAGAAGGCAACUUAUAAAAAUAAAACCAAAAGGUAGUAUUACUCCUUCGCACCGCAAGUGCCGAAAAAGCCGUAUGCAAGUUAACGAUUAGUUUCAAAGUCAACAUUGGAAGAAACAACUAGUUCGCACCAAUUGCAUCGUAACGCUAGACCAUGAUCCGCCAAGAUUGAAUCGCCCAAAGACGCCAUGUUCAUUUAUCUCAUUCAAUAGCCCAUGUAGGCUGCAUGAAGUGCAGAGCCGCAAUCUUCAACGGUCCCUGUUUCUGCUCGCUUUUCGCUUUCCGCAUCCCCCAUCUCAUUCAUUGUAUUGUGUGCCUGUUUAGUUUCUCCGGAGAUCCGUCAAGUAGCUUCGGCCAAAAGUCUAAUAAUUGCGGCGCCACGACGAUGCGUGCCUUGAUUCGCAGACAACAUGCUUUGCCUCGCAGGUUAGCAAGAAACGCUCAAUUGGCGCUUAUAUGCUACAAGUCUGGGGGAACGGCCAUAUUCAACGGUAAAAAACAGCCUUUCAACGGCUUCCCUGGGGAAAGCGGGAAGAGGAGCCGUGCUGAGGUGGUUCGGUAGCUUAAUAGCUGCGAUGUGUUUGUGCAGAAUUAUAUAUGGAGGCGGGAACGGUAAGAAUACGAGAACUGGGGCGCAAUGGCUU